CUCCAUUCAAUGAAUUCGUCUCACGACAUGCCAGAGCUUGACCAUCACUCCUUAUAGGUUUCACAUUCCUUUUUCGGGUACAAUGUUAUCCUCGCGGGCUCCUCGUCGUCGUCUCCCCAAUAGACCAUGUUAUGCCGAGGUGCUGGACUCGAUCUUAGCCGACCGAGAGAGUGGGCUCAAUUGUGGGUGUGCCGAGCGAGUGGACCCGACCUAUCAAGAACUUCUCGUCAGAAGCAGUCUCCUGACACGUGGCCUUGUGGGGACCCGUGUGGGGCCUUCUAUGUCGUAUCUCAAUCUUUUCUCUCUCCCAUUUAUUUCCGAAAAAUCCUCUGCGAUCUACGAUCUCACUGUAUCCCUCACCCUCUAUGCCUCUAAAAAAUUUUCAGAAACAGAAAAGAGAGAGAUCUCAUCCAAUAUGAGGAAGCAGUAUGAAUAUAUGAUGGAGAAUCUAUAAGCUAUCCAGUUUAGCCCACUCCAUAAUCCCAUCCGGCCUAUUUUUUUUAUCAAAUCCCUCUCUUCACCUUCAAAUCCCCUUUCAGACCUGCAAGUUUUUAAAUCGGCACAACCUCAGGAUAAAUUGAAUUCACAAGGUCUAGAAAUCUUCAAUGUGCCAUGAGCCCUCCCACUUUGGUAUUCUUCAUUUUCUCUUUUUUUUAAAUCUGUUUAUGUGUUGGUAUGCCUUUUAGAUUCAUUGUUAUUCUUCCAUUUUUGUUCACUUAAUUUAUUUCUCAUGAUUUUUUAUAGCUAGUCUAAUUUAAAUGCAAUCUGAAUGCAUUUAUAUUGAAUUGUGAUGCACAAAUGGUCAAAGAUAAGCGUUGGUUAGUCCUUAUCUAUUAGUCUUUUUGCUGCAUAUCGUGUGUAUUUCUUUAACAUUUUCUCUUUCUUACAAGUUUCCAUUCACUUUAUUUUUCUUGACUAAUUAGGUAUAAUAUUGCAUUUAGUAGUGUGCACUCUGGAUUUUGAAAUGCAUAGCAUCGACAUUCGCUCAUGGAGAUAGGUAAUUCUAAAUCUUAUUUCAUUGCAACAUAUCAAAUUAUCAGAUUACGUUCUCAAUUCUCUUGCUUGUAUUGUAUUAUUUUUCUCUUUCACAACAUACAGAGUAUUUGUUUAUAGAAAUUUUAAAUCAAUUAUGAUUUUCAUUUUUUGUUUAAUAUCCUCUUUGAGAGAGUGUCGAAACUUUACAUUUGUUGUAUUCAUUAGUGGCAAGCAUCUUUGUAUUUUUCACUUUAUUAUUUGAGUUUUACGACUUGUUAUUUAAAAAGGUUUAAUAUGGAGUAGGUCUAAUUUAAUGUAUAUUCUUCUUGUUGUUCUUCUCCCUGUAGUAUGAGUGUUAUAAAAAGGGGUGGAUGCU